CGAGUGCAACGGAAAUUCAGACUCUACAAUUGGACUUUCACUGCAUUCACUGCCUGUUUUUGCUACUGCUUUUGUACUUCAGUUCUUAAAAAAGAAACAGAAAUAUGUUCUUUGAUUACAGUAUUGAGUGAUUCAAGAUUUUUUCUUCUGAUUUGAUGUUUGACAUGUUUAUGAUGUAUCAUGCUUUGAUUACAGAAAUAUGUGUUGUCUUUCUUUGAUUACAUUAGAUGUAUUGACUUUUCAAAAACUAAUUCAAUCACAAUGAGCGUGUUGGAGUUGUCUUGUUGCUAGCAUUUCUCCACCAGGUAUCAUAAAGCAUGAUUGUAGCUCAAUCCACUAUAGCAGGAUAUAUAGCCCUUCCAAGAAACCACCCUUAAGUGAAACUCAAAAUGAUGUCAUAUUUGAAAAUCAAUCAACAAACCAUGUCAUUGUCACUACAAUGUGUAGUCACCUUUAAGUGUCUCAAGAAAUGUCAACAAAAGAUGUUACAAGAGAGCUAAAAUAAAGACAAAAGAAGGGUGCAUAUGCCAUAUAUCUAAUCUGCAUGAUGCAAACAAAGAAUAAAAAAGACAUGAUAUCUCGGUUCUCAAUGAGAUGUCGGAAAAAUGUCCUUGUUGCAUUUUUUCAAAGUCUCAUAAAUAGAGGAGAAGGCUCCUUCCAUUUCAUCUGAAAGAGGAAGAUGAAGGGGAAGUGCAAUGGGAGGAGGUGAUAGAUGGAUUAUGAAUAUAUUCUUAGGGUACCUGUUUUUGAGAAACGCAUAGAUAAUAUAAUCAGUAUUGCAUAUGCAAAGGAUCUACUAGAUUUUCCUCAGAAGUUUCGGACAUUUUAUUCCUCUUCUGCUAUAUAUGCAUGACCAUAACUCUAUAAGUACUCUGUCUAUAAUUUUGUUUGCUAAUCUUAUAGUUUGCAGCAUUUUGAAUGUGUUUGGUUUUGCAGGAUGCACCACUACAUGCAACUCCUGUUCAAGAUUUGUCUCACAUGCCUGUAUAUUUUGUGCCAGAUUGUAACUUUGGAAGAUGUUGUAGAGGAAUUUGUUGGUGAAAUCUUAGAUGAAAAUGACUCAAAGGAUCACCAAUACGAGACAGUAUCUGGCUUUGUAUGUGAAAAUCUUGGCUACAUCCCCAAGAUAGGUGAGAUCAUAGAAGUAGCUCUUGAAAGAAAAAAUGAAGACGAUAAUGAUGCCCCCAAUGCUGACCACCAGGAUCAGAAAGAGACUUUCAAACUUGAGAUACUAGCAGGAAACGCCAGAAAGGUGACCGCUGUUUUGUUUACACGGAUUAAUGGUGGUCAUGAAAUGUUAGAGAACAAAGAAGAAACUCGCAAGCCGCCGAAGUUAAUGAAAAUAAAAUGGAGCAGGAGAUGACACCAAGUUUGUAAGAAGUGCAUCUGCAGAGAUUUCUAACGCAAUUAUGGUACCAAGUUGGUAGAAAUGCAUUUCCAAAGGCACCAGAGAACAGGUUUUCUAAUUAUGCCAAAUUUGAAAGAUGAAAAAAGACGCAUAAAGUGAGAAAUGCAUGGAGAGAAAUCAAUGUGAUCAUCAAACUUGUAGAGCUUUCUGAAUCUUUCAGUUUGACAUAUUUGUA